UUCAAGUAGCGCGCCGGCUUAUCUCAUGGCACUCUUGGAUGAGUUGAAGUUCGGCGCGAUGGAAAAGUGGCAGCAAAUUUCGCUGGUGUUGUGCAUUUUUGGGUUUUUGAAGGAGUUCCGGCCGAGUGAGCCGUUCGUGUUUCAGUACUUGACGGGGGCGGAGUCCGGGUACAAUGUAACGGUGGACCAGGUCGUGCAGGACGUGUUCCCGAUUGGGACGUACUCGUACGUGGCGCAGCUGGUGGUGGUGUUUCUGAUUACGGACUACUUCCGGUACAAGCCGUUGAUCAUUGUGGCGGGAUUGGCGGGGACCGUGGUUUGGAGUAUGUUCGUGUUGGCGAGGUCACUUGGGGCGUUGCAGGUGCUGGAGGUGUUCUACGGGACUUAUAUGGCGGCGGAGAUUGCGUAUUGGACGUACAUCUACGCGAAGGUGGAUCGACGACACUACCAGAAGGUCACGUCACACAUCCGGUCGGCGACGCAGGCUGGCCGGUUUGUCGCGGCGACCACCUCGCAGGCGUUGAUCUACUCCGGAGCUACGGGCUACCUCGGCCUGAACUACAUCUCGUUGGGAGCGCAACUGGCCACCACGGUUUGGGCCUUCAUGCUACCGCCGGUCCCGGCCAGCAUGUACUUCCACCGGCAGGAAGUUCCCACGGACGAAGAAACGGACCUCCCAAAGCCCCAAUCGACCUGCUCGCGAGCCUCCGAACUCCUCUGGGCACACUUCAAAACCGCCUACACCAACUUCACCGUCAUCCGGUACAGCCUCUGGUACUCCCUCGCCGUAUGUCUCUACUACCAGAUCACCUCCUACGUCCAGGCCCUCUGGUCCGAGAUCGGCGGCCCAGACACGAUGCUCUGGAACGGCGCCGUCGAGGCGAUUCUCACCCUAGCCGGUUCCCUCGUCGCCCUAGCCGCCGGAUUCGUUCCCCAAAAGCUCCUCACCCCCCAAAAUACCAUUCUCGGCCUAUCCGUCAUCGCGAUCGCAGAAGGCUGUGGCCUGCUCCUGGCAACGCGCACCACAACGCUCAUGGCCUCCUACGCCGGUUACACCCUGUUCGGCGUCCUGCACGCCUUCUCGAUCACCCUAGUGAGCGCCGAAAUCGCAAAGCACAUCUCCGACGACAGCUUCGCGCUCGUCUUCGGCAUCAACACGAUGGCCGGACUGGUCGCGCAAACGCUGCUAACGCUCGCCAUCGUCGACAGCGAUGGGUGGUUCGCGCUGGACGUGCGCGGCCAGUUUAGCGUGUACAGCGUGAGCUUCGUCACGAUUGGGGUGCUGUUUGGAGUGUUUGCGCUGGUGGAGGCGGGGAAGAGGAGGCGCGGGAACAUAGCGAGUUGAUGCGCAAAACUUACGUCAAAGUAGGCGGGAAUAAGAGGGUCGCGGCAAAUACGGGUAGCUUUGAUGUGCGAGUGUGUUCAUACAAUGCGACUGAAGGAAAGUUUUCUUUCCAAGAAAGGGGUUAAUCUUGCCAAAAGGGAUCGUUUAUACUGGCUUUUAUUCAUCCAAGCAGGCUGAUUUGCAUGAGGAGGAUAAAUUUGACAUGGCCUGUUGGGAAUCGCUGCAUGGUAGCUCGGAAUAAAGUGAAGAUAAGGGCUCAUUUUUUUCAAAAUUAUUCCU